GGUGGAGGGAGGGAGUGUAGGUUCUGAUCGCAUUACAUCUUCAGGGCUCCAUCCGUCGCACACUAGAGCAGCUUCAGCCUCAGCCCGCCACCACGCCUCGUAUUAGAAGGAGCUCUAGCCGCACCUUAUAAGAGCCACACUAUAGAGCAGCGGCAGCCACGACCACAUCCCGCCGGCACGACACGCCCUCUAUUAAAGUCUUCAGACGUCACAUCUUCCUGGAGUAAAAAGAAAGAGAAAGAAUAAGAGUGAAAAAAAGUCACAACGUAAGGAAAACAAGGAAAUAGAAACUAGGGAUAAAGAAACAAGCCACAAGAAACAAAUAAUAGACAAAAGAAGUAAUUAAUUAGUUGAUAGUGAAAAAAAAAGAAGUCUACCAUUUGAAAACACAGUGUACGUACAAAAGUAAGUCACCAAGUACCAGUCACCAAGUCCCAGUCAUUCAAUCAAUCACCAAGUUACCAGGAGAGAAGGAGCAGCACACAACCGCCAUCAUGGAAGAUCCUCACCAAGUCACCGUGAUGUACGACUGGUUCCAGUACAGUAUGACCAAGGCACCUCCUCAUGUCAUAGACCAGAAGGAGAAAAGGAAAUGGAUUAUUGAAUACGUGGAACCCUUUGGAAGAUGCACCAUAGCCGUGCGGGACAUAGCAGAGGGGGAGGUGAUAUUCGUGGACCAUCCCAUAGUGACUGGACCCAAGCAAACCACGGACCUCAUCUGCCUCAGCUGUUACCGCGAACUCGAGUCUUGGGACCAGUAUCAAUGCAGCAAGUGUAGCUGGCCGUUGUGCUCCAAGGAGUGCGAGGGACGCGGUCACCAUCCCCUGGAGUGCAAGGAUUUUCGCGCCUCCGGGUAUAAGCCUCGCCAGAGUGACUUCAGCGAGGACAUGUUUAUGUACGAGUUCAUGCUGCCGCUCAGGUGUUUCUGCCUGAGAGACAUGGCGCCUAAGAAGUGGAGCACCAUGAUGGCGAUGGAGAGCCACAAUGACCUGAGGCGCGGCACUGAGCUCUGGAACAGGGAGCAGGUGAACGUGGUGGACUAUUUAAGGGGUAAGCUGAAGGUGGAAGCAGAGGAGGAGCUGCUUCACUCCAUCACUGGGAUCCUUGAUGUCAACUGUCACGAAGUCCGCAGCAACAUACCUGGCACCAAGGAGCAGUACUUCAUCCGAGGCGUGUAUCCGCUGUGCGCCAUGAUGUCCCACUUCUGCUGCAACAACACCCACCACACGCUGAUGGACGACAUGACCAUGGUGGUGAUCGCCUCCAGACCCAUCAAGAAGGGCGAGCAGAUCACUGCCACAUACACUCACAUCCUCUCCGCGACCACUGAGCGACGAAAGCACCUUCGUUAUGGCAAAUUCUUCGACUGCACUUGUGAGAGAUGCCGAGACCCUACGGAGAUGGGAACCUACUUCGGGGCUCUCAAGUGUUCUCAGCCUGGUUGUGGUGGCUCUAUCUUGUGCACGGACCCGCUUCUACCCACCAACGACGCUCCCUGGGCUUGUGAUAAGUGCAAAUACCAGGUGGCGGCGGUGACGGUGGAACGCCUCAACAAGAUGGUGUAUUGGGAGCUGCGUGAGGCGGGCGAGGAGGACCCAGCCAAGAUCGAAGGACUGCUUAGGAAGUAUCAGUACGUGCUUCACCCGCAACACUUCCAUAUGGUGGGCAUGAAGCACACGCUCUCGCAGAUGUACGGGCGGCUGCCGGGCUACGCGCUCAACACCAUCUCCGACGCCCAGCGGAGAAGGAAGGUGGAAUGUUGCCGGGACCUGCUGAAGGUGCUGGACGUGAUUGAUCCAGGGAUAUCCAGACUGAGAGGCCUUACACUGUACGAGCUACACGCCCCAGUGCUCCUGGAAGCAAACGGAGCCUUCCAGCGCACCAGCAUCACGCGGCGGGAGUUCCUGAUCAAGCUGCGGGAGGUGGAGGAAUACUUGAGCCUAGUUGUGUAUUGCCUCCAGCACGAGCCGCUCUCAUCCUCAGAGGGGGACGUGUGCAAGAUCGCCCGCAACUCGUUGGUGGAGCUGCGCAAGUGGAUCACUACCGUCACCUCGCUGCCAGACCGCCACUUCUUGCCCGAGGAAGUGGAGAAGGUGACAGCUGCCUCUCUGGUCCGCUCUGACGAAGACCUCACGCUGGAGUCACUGCUGAGGAGCCUGGAAGAGCAGUGACAAGGGCAAGGAUGAGGAGGAGGAGAUGGAAGAGGAGAGGAGGUAGUAAAAGGUGUUGGAAAGAUGUUAGGAAGAUAAUAGUGAUGGUGGAGGGAAUAGAGGAGGGCAGGAAGAGGUGGAAGAGGAGAUAGGAUAACAAAUGAGAGAUUUUAGAAGAAUGUGAGGAAGACAGUGGUGAUAGAAGAGCAAAGAAGAGAGGUUAAAGAGCAACAGGAAGAAGAGGAGGAUUGGAGGAGAAAAAGGAGAGGAACAAGUGUUGAACGUGGCAGAGACUCAAGAUGUGUGUGUAAGAAGCAUGUAUACUCGAGGGCAAAGGGGUGGCGGUGGAAGGGAAAGAGAGAUGAUGUGUAUGUGGGGAGAAGAAUGAGGAGAAGGAGGAGAACGAUGAGGAGAAGGAGGAGGAGGAGGAGGAGGAGGAGGAGGAGGAGGAGGAGGAGGAGGAAGGAGUAAAUUGACAAACUGUGAAAAUUAUAUACAAACAGACAGACAUAGUGAGACAGACUUACAGCUAAACAAAUAUACAGACAGACAGACAGACAGAAACACAUUAAGAAUAUAAUGAUAUCAAGAAUAUUCACGCCAAUUGUUAAUAAACAUAUUCAUUAUCCUGUUGUCAUGUUAUCAUUAUUGUUAGCACUUUUACUACUACUACUACUACUACUACUACUACUACUACUACUACUACUACUACUACUACUACAAUAACUACAAAGUCUUUAAUUAUUGGGUUGUUCUAACAAUAUGUACAUAAAGAGUGAUAAAUAAUAAUAACCAGAUCAAUCUUAA